AUUUAACCAUGUGACACACACAUACGUCACAUACGUUCACUUGACAAUAUGUGACGGUUGCCGGCGUGUUUUUACCGUGUGGUGUUAGUGAUUACAUUCUGAUUUGUUUGGUAGAUUUUCACACACUCCAAAGUUACGUCAAAGAAGAAUUUAGAAAAAUAUGAAAGGCUGAUUAUUCUCUGUGAGGGUUUGAAAUCAGCCCUCAGUCAGACAGACAGACAGACAGACAGUCAGACAGACAGACAGACAGACAGCCACCCACCCUCAACACACUGACGGUACACAACGCCGCGGGGAUUCAGACAAACAGUCGUGUGUUUGAUUAAGUCGUUGAUUAAUCGGUUGGAUCAUCGGCGUUAACUGACGCAUAAUCGCCGGUAUGAACGCGGACGAGACGAACAUGGAGCUGAAGGAUGCUGCGACCAAAGACGCUGAGCCAAAGGGUGCGGCGGAUCCCGCUCAGGUCGCCGUGGAUGCUGACGCGACGGAGGCCGACGUGAGCGAGGCGGACCUGGACCAGGAGGAGCAGGAGAAGCAGCCGAUGACUGGAGGAGGAGACCCGGACCAGGACGCUCCGUCUGCAGAGGCGGCGGCGGAGAAGAACGGACCCGUGAAGCUGAAGAUCCCGGAGGAGGCAGAGGAGCUGAAAUUCACCGGGCUGAACAAGGAGGAGCUGCUGAGGGUGGCCGGGACCCCGGGCUGGGUGCGGACCCGCUGGGCGCUGCUGGUGGUGUUCUGGCUCGGCUGGGUGGGGAUGCUGGUCGGAGCCGUCCUCAUCAUCCUGCAGGCUCCUCGCUGCAGAGAUCUGCCAGCCACCAACUGGUGGAACGACGGCCCGCUGUACGAGAUCGGAAACAUCCGGGCCUUCACCGACGCUCGCAACCUGAAGGGCCUGGAGCAGAAGGUCGCCAGUCUGUCUCAGCUGAAGGUGAGAGGUCUGGUGGUCGGUCCGAUCCACGUUGCCCCGGCAGACGACGCCAUGAGCCUGAGGUUUGAGGAGAUUUCCCCUGAGGUCGGCACCCUGGAGCAGUUUAAAGGCCUCGUCCAGGCUGCUCAUAAGAAGGGCAUUUCUGUGGUUCUGGAUCUGACUCCUAACUACCAGGGAUCAUCUGGUCCCUGGUUCUCCAACAUCAGUGUGACCAACGUGGCUGAGAGGCUGAAGUCUGCUCUGGUCUUCUGGAUGAAUGAAGGUGUGGAUGGGGUGCAGCUGUUGGGGGUGGAGCGGGUGGCCAGCGUGGUGCCUUCACUGUGGUCCGACAUCCGAGCCAUCGUCCAGAACGGGACAGACGAGCGUCCCAACAAGAGAGUCCUGAUUGGUGUGACAGAUCGCUCUUCAGCUGAAGACGUGUCCGCCCUCCUCUCCUCCACCGGCGUCGACCUGCUGAUCUCCAGGGUCCUCCGACCCGGCAGCACAGACGCCACGGAGCGCGCUCAGUCCCUCCAGCUCUUGUAUUUGUCCCACAGCCAGACCAAGCUGGCGUGGAGCCUGGGGGGGCGGGCCGAGGGUCACCUGGCGUCUCUGGUGGGCCCGGCUCUGGUCAAACUGCACCAGCUGCUGCUGCUCACGCUGCCCGGGACCCCCAUCAUCAACUAUGGAGACGAGAUCGGCCUGAUGGACGAGGGCACCAAGUUUCCCAGAAUGCUUUGGGACUCUGAUGAGGAGCUGAAUGGGACUCUACAGGAAGAGAGGGCUGAGCGUUUGUCCUGCCGCGACUUUUUCCGCGGUCUGAGUGAGCGUCGUGCUAAAGAGCGCUCCCUGCUGUUCGGAGACUUCCUCCCGCUCUCCAACUCCUCAUCCUCCCUGGCCUACCUGCGGGUCUGGGAUCAGAGUGAGCGUUACGUGGCCGCCUUCAACUGGGCGGAGGAGGCGGCGGUCCUGCGGCUGAGCGACGCGGCGCUGCCUCGGCGGGCCGCGGUCGUCCUCAGCACCAACAGCAGCGCCCUGCCUGCGGACAGCAGCGUGGACCUGACGGACCUGCGCCUCGGCCCCGGACAGGCCGCGCUCCUCAGCUUUCCCUACAGUGGGUAGAGCUGAGACUCUGUUUCCCCUCCACGUGAUGAUGAGAGUCACUGAAGUGCAUGAACAAAUGUAGACUAAGAAAUGUGUCUGUGAGAAUAGCAGCUCCCUCCAUUACGAAUAGGCUUGUGUUCUGCUGUUAGCAUGUUAGCAUUGAUCAGAUUAGCAUAACAUUUUUGACUUUUUUCCAUUUUUUCCCACUAAAGUCACAUUUUGCAGUGAGAUGCAGCAGUAGGGAACACUGAAACGAGCCAGCUGAAAAAUGAACAGAUGUUGAAUAUC